CCAAUGACAAGUGGGACCAGCGAUCCAGAGAGGACACCCAAAAUUCCGCAACUAGCAAAGGGAGGCGCUGUAGCGCCGGCGGCCCUGGUCCUCUCCCCUGUUGCGGACUCGCCUGGCCAGUGCGUCGGUGGUCGCCGCUCGCCGGAGCUAGCAAAUCGAGGCGAGCGGCGCGGCGAAUUGGCACAGGAGGCGGGCAAAAUUGGCUCGGCCGCGCGGGCAAACCCUUGCGCCGUUCUUGUGCCGUCGUGUGGCUUCCGCCUGUCGGCCGGCGGUGCCCAGGUGGAUAGGCGGACACGCGUUGCCCAGUUGCGCGCGGGACAGACAGUGCUGAGCAUUGUCCACACAAUUGCUAGAGAUCAGACUUUAUUCCUGGAGGCCUUUCAUUCUUGAUUAAUCCUGAUCGAAACCUGAACAUUUUAGCAAAUGAGUGCCGGUGGUGCUUUUGGUGGAAAUAGGGGGGUGAGGCCUGUACCUCCUGAAAAAGGUGUAUUCCCAUUGGAUCACUUACAUGAGUGUGACUUGGAGAAGAAAGACUAUCUUUCUUGCCUGAAAUCUACAGGAUUCCAGUCUGAAAAAUGUCGGCUGUUCUCAAAGAAGUAUCUGGAAUGUCGGAUGGAGAGAAACUUGAUGGCAAAGCAAGACAUGUCAGAGCUUGGGUUCAGAAUUGUGGACGAAGUGGAUAUAUCUCCUGACAAAGAACAGCAAACUGGAGAGCCCUCCUAAUUAGCCAAAGGAUAAAAAAUAGCUGUUUGAUUUUGAUGUAGCUUCAGUAUGUUUCUUCAUCCAGGAGAUCUGUCAAGAUCUGAAAACAGAUAGGGGUAUAAUAAGAAGGAUAAUGGUAGUAACCAAAUUUGAAAUUUAUCUGUUGGCUGUUUAGACAUUCCUAAGGAGCAGAUUAUAUGAUUUAUGUUUGAUUUGCACUUUAA